CUGAUGCAAGAGUCUAGUGCGGUGGUAGGAGAGGUGUCGGCGGGAGCAGCGCUGCCACCGGGGCCUGGGGCUGACCCGUCCGACUUCCCGUCCGUGCCGAGCCCACUCGAGCCGCAGCCAUGUCCGGGGACGAGAUGAUUUUUGAUCCAACUAUGAGCAAGAAGAAAAAGAAGAAGAAGAAGCCUUUUAUGUUAGAUGAGGAAGGGGAUGCCCAGACGGAAGAAACCCAGCCCUCAGAAACAAAAGAAGUAGAACCAGAGCCAACUGAGGACAAAGAUGUAGAAGCUGAUGAAGAGGACAGUAGGAAAAAGGAUGCUUCUGAUGAUUUAGAUGACUUGAACUUCUUUAAUCAGAAGAAAAAGAAGAAAAAAACAAAAAAGAUAUUUGAUAUUGAUGAAGCUGAAGAAGGUGUAAAGUAUCUUAAGAUCGAAAGUGAUAUCCAAGAACCAGCUGAACCAGAGGAUGACCUUGACAUUAUGCUUGGCAAUAAAAAGAAGAAAAAGAAGAACGUUAAGUUCCCAGAUGAGGAUGAAAUACUAGAGAAAGAUGAAGCUUUAGAAGAUGAAGACAGCAAAAAAGAUGAUGGUAUCUCAUUCAGUAACCAGACAGAUCCUGCUUGGGCAGGCUCCGAAAGAGACUACACGUAUGAGGAGCUACUGAAUCGAGUGUUCAACAUUAUGAGGGAAAAGAAUCCAGAUAUGGUUGCUGGAGAAAAAAGGAAAUUUGUCAUGAAACCUCCACAGGUUGUCCGAGUAGGAACAAAGAAAAGUUCUUUUGUCAACUUUACAGAUAUCUUUAAACUAUUACAUCGUCAGCCCAAACAUCAUCUUGCAUUUUUAUUGGCUGAAUUGGGUACAAGUGGUUCUAUAGAUGGUAAUAAUCAACUUGUAAUCAAAGGAAGAUUCCAACAGAAACAGAUAGAAAAUGUUUUGAAAAGAUAUAUCAAGGAAUACGUUACCUGUCGUACGUGCCGAUCACCGGACACAAUCCUGUAAAAGGACACCCGACUCUAUUUCUUACAGUGCGAAACUUGUCAUUCUCCAUGCUCUGUUGCCAGCAUCAAAACCGGCUUCCAGGCUGUCACAGGCAAGCGAGCACAGCUCCGUGCCAAAGCUAACUAAUUGGCUAACCACCACUGAUUUUGCAAAGUGUGUUGUGGAGAUUUGGCUGGACAGGUUUACCAUCAGAAUGGAUAUACCACUGUAUUAAAAACAAGAUAGAAAAGCUGCCAGGUUCUUUGGCGUGUGGCUGGUUGGUCUGAAAUCCUUGCAAGAUGCUGAUGCUCAAGCUGUUGACAUACUCAUUGCCUACUUUAACAACUGUCAGAAAAACAUGAUGGGGUAAGGCAGUGCUUUUUUAAAAUCGUUCAUAGACUUAUGUAAAAUGCAAGAUAAAUUAAAGUUAUUAUAACAGU